CCGAGUCUUGACGUCGCCGCUCCAUCCAGGUAGGCACUAAGCAGUCGCUGUAGUACUCACUACACACACCUACGACAACCACUACUCCUUCCACCUCGUCUCCACAACUCUGACACGUCUUUCACCUAUUGCUGCUUGGGCCUCCUAUUACUCCAUCCAUCUUCACAAUCCACAUCCUGCAUUUGUAUAUUUGCAACUCCUCGAAAAGCCUCUGACUGGUGCCCAACUUUGGCCAAAUCCAUUUCCAGAUCUUCUCCUUCGGCAUGACCACCACUUCAAGUCUACCAAGUUGAAUGCUAGCCAACUACUGCAUACCUCUGACCGUCAGAUUCAGCAUGUUGUUCUCAGCUACCAAUACUCGAUCGGCAGAAUUGGUACCACAUCAGUCUCGACUCAUCCCCCCGACCUAAUUGAUCCAACACUAAAACAGUCGGUGUGCUUCAAUGGCGACUCUUACUACUCCCACCAAACCCCAAUUCCCACGCCUCGAUCCUCUCCUAGACGAAAGGUCCCCAUCAAAAUCCCCUCGUCGAAAGGCCCAAUUCGCCGUCCGAGAACUCGAUCCUUUGUUGGCAAAUUUAUCUCCCCAUUCCACGUUGAGAGCCCUUCAAGCCACAGACACCAUCCCCGGAGGUGUGGCCACCCAAGAUGCACUCACAACCAGCAUCAUUGACGCUACUCCGGCAGAAAGAGAGAUUGGCAUAAGAGCAGCUUUUGCCGCACAAAAACUGAGGGAAUGGCUGGACGAAGUGUCAAAAUGGAAUUGGCCCGCCAGAAGAGAUCGAGCCUUUGGCUUAGGCUUUCUUCCACCGCCCGUGCCCAUCACCAGACAGCCAUCCUAUAUUGGAUCCCUGACAUCAGAACAAGUCACUCAAUAUGAAAUCAGAUUUGAAGAAAUUAGAGAUGACCUGGACAGUCUAGAUAUUGACGACAUCAAAGACCAUGUCUUGGCGGCUCAUGUUCCCUCCAAAAAGUCAGACAACACCCUCAAGACCUCUGGCCGCAAAAGUUAUGGGAGGAUGCGGGAUUUCACAGCGUUGAUCACUGCCACCGUCAUACAGGCCCUGCCUGAUCUCGCCAAAUUGAAUAUACUCCUUGACCAGUGGGAUGUUCGACUACGAGUUCUGAGGAGUCUGCCCAAGUUUCGUGCCCUCCUCGACUCAGUUCAACAAGACAUCAAGACCUCUUUCCAAGAGAUCAGAUCAACAGAGCAGCUCACCACUAUAACAGACGAAUUCGUCGAAUCCAAGAAGUCGGUCCUUGGAGAGCAUGUCUCAGAUUUGGGACGGAGGGCCGAUAGAUUUCUCGACAUCUUGGAAGGUCAUGAAGAUUCUCUGCCGCAGGUUUGGAUUGACACGCUCGAAAAGAUCGAACUAGAUUAUGCGACAUGGGUAGUCGAGGCUCAUCGAGUCGCCUUGAGAAACAAAUUGGCCUCCGGUAACUCCAGAACCAUCCCAGAGGAACAGAUCACUGAGUCACAUGUUUUGGCAACUGAGGAUGUGCACCCGGCAACAGAGGCUCUGCCUCCCUCAACAAAAGAGACUUCCGACCCUUCGAAACCAGAGGACACACAACCAUCUACUUCAACGUAUCCUUCUAUUGACCUAUCAAGUACGUCUUCGGCACAAAUGCCUCGAGAACCAAUGGACAAUAGCAGCACACAACUCAACCAGAGCACAACGGUUUCAGAGGAACCAAUGUCAAGGAUCAAGCCUAAACCGUCUCUGACUAUCGCCUUGCCAGAACCCAAAGGACACCGGAGAGACAUCUCCAAAAUUUCGGUUGCGGAGUCGAUGCUCUCUGUGACUUCAGACAUAUCAAAUGCCGAAAUCAUGGAUGCCACGAGAACAAGUGUCAUGCCGAGUCCCAAAAUUAAUAUGGUGGACAACCCACUAAAAAUCGGCAAUGAUGAUCUAACGUGGUUUGGACCAAAGUCCUCUGCCGAUCUCGAAGCUCGUCAGAAACCACCCAUGCUACAACGAGCUUCCACGGCGUCGAUUGAGGUGGUUCCAAGUCAUCAUUUGAAGCGUGUCAUGUUGACACGCUCGGCCUCGUUCGACAUGCUUACACAACUGCCUGAAACUCCAUCACCUAGUACACCUACCAAGGCUCUUAAACAACUGGUCGGAGAGAAUUCUCCAACACGCAAAACUCCAUUCCUAAAAACUGAAGAUUUAUCACCGAUUGGUCAACCAAGUCCAGCGUUGAAGGACACCACGCCUUUACCUUCUCCAACGCCCUCUCUGCUUGUGGAACCAUUACGCCUUCGAACAAAGUCGGAAGAUAGUAGCAUACCCCCUGUUCCAACACUUCCUCGUCGAUCUAGCAAAAGACAACCCGUAAUGUCAACGAGUUCCACAUCACCACUGACACCCGUCUCAAGUGCUAGCCCCAUGACUCCGGUGGAGACAAGCGACGUCUGGAAACCGAGGUUGGACAAGCUGGAAGACCCCGUCUUAGAAGAACCGGUAUCAUCCAAGAUUCCCGUUGAAUUGGCCACACCGAAACAGCCAGUGUCGCUAGACGAUAAGAUUCAAGACUUGCUGACGAGCUUGCCGACUAAAAUUCGACUCGCAAAGGACACGGAUAACCUACCAUCUCCGCCGAGAUCUAACGCAUCGACCCGAUCAUCAACCCCGACGCCUGGUCUGACACUGUCAGCCGUGAGGAGUGAAGCUUCCAGUCGUAAGAGCAGCGUUGGCGAUUCCGAGAUUCGGUUAUAUCACCUCACACGAGCUGGGCAAGCACGGGACACUCCUCCGGUGAAGCUCUUUGUCCGGACAAUUGGGGAUGGAAAUCGUGUCAUGGUUCGUGUUGGAGGGGGAUGGGCGGACCUGGGCGAAUAUUUGAAAGAAUAUAGCCUUCAUCAUGGGAGCCGGACCAAUGGAGAUGGUCGUUUGGAGGUUGCCAGGUUUCCAGUGACUAGCCAUCGGGAUUCAGUCGCCUCUUCUGGCACAACAAACUCCAAAACCCGUCGAAAAUCCGGAUCCCCCUUAAUCGCCCAAAAUGGCUUUGAGAGUAACGCGCCAGGCGAGCUGGUUAAUAACAAAAUCCGCCGACCGUUGACCCGAACGCGUUCACCGGAUGUGAUUGACAACGGCCAGUCGAGGCAGAGUAUCUCGACGAUGCCUCCGGUGCCCUCCAUCCCGACAACAUAUACUACAGUCUCACCGACCAUGGCCACCAUCUCAGACUCUACAGGUGCAGUGACUACGACUGUCAUUGACCCAGACUCGGUAGUGGCGCCAUCAGGGCUACUGGAAACUCCUGGCAAUGUUGGACACGUCUUGAGCAAACGCUCCUCCACCAUCAGUAAUUCUGGAGUUACGACCACUACCAGCACCAGCUAUACUCCUCUCGGAGCAGCAGGGCCAAGAUCAAAUAAACGAGCAUCAUCGGCAUUGGGUACAUUCCCGGGGACAACCAAUGAUGCAUGGGUCGAAGGGCUGGUGGGAAAAGCGCGUGCUGUUUCUGGUGGACCUCCUAGCAUUGCACCGGCAUCUAUGACAACGUCAACAUCGACGACCACGACCACGACCACGACGACCACUGUCGGAUCAGCGCCACGCGGACGACGUACAUCUUACUGGGGACUGGGUUCAAGCCCGGCCUCGAAUCGAACGGCAAGUCCUCAGCCGAGAGCAAGUCCAGCUCCCAGUGACAGGACCGUGUCGCCCAGUACUAGUACUGGUUCGGCAGAUGUCAAAAGUCGACGAUCAAGUCUGAUGAGCCGGCCGAAGAAUCGAAUGAGUCUGGGAGAUAUUGGAGGUAUCAAAAGAGUCUUCCUGAGGAAGAAAACAGGGGAAGUCCACUAAAGGACAGGAACGAGAUGUUAACAGACUGCUCAUUAUCAAUUAUAACGCUGGGUUUCUGGAUAGCUACCCAGGCUGACGCGACACACGACACGGACCACCCAAGGUAUACAGUACAUAGU